AUGAAUAGGUCAAUCUCAGAUACUGACUUAGUCGACGUAAUUGGAGAACACUCGUCACCAAAGCGCAUAAGCAGACGUCAGAAGAGAGGCAGAGAACAACAUGAUUUUGAUGACGAAUUUAAACUAUUUAGGGAUGAAAUGAAAAAUAUGAUUGCAUCACUCUUAUCGAUCCAAGAGAAAGAACUGAAAAAGAUAUCUUCAACUCAAUUAGAAAUAAAAGAGACUAAUAAUAAUAUUGAGACCUCUCUUAACUUUGUAACUCAACAAAAUGAAGAGUUGAAAAAGAAAAUUGAAAAACUUGAGCAGCAAUCAACUAAGGAUAGAGAGUACAUCAAUAUUUUAGAAGAUAAAAUAGAGGACUUACAACGAGCACAUCGUAAAACAAACUUGGAAAUAAAAAAUAUGCCCAAAUUACCUAAUGAAAACUUAGUUAAUAUGGUAAAGGAAUUGGGAAAAACUAUCAAAUGUGACGUUAACGAAAAUGACAUAAAAGACAUUUAUAGAGUACCAAGUAAAAAAUCUGAUAAGAGUGAGAAUACUCCCAUCAUUGUGGAAUUAUCAUCUAAGAUGUUAAAAACGGAAAUACUCAGGAUGACAAAGGUGUUCAAUAGGACUUAUAAGGAGAAGCUUCGAGCAAAACACUUAGGUGCGACUAAAAGCGAGGAAACUGCUGUCUUUAUCUCGGAGCAACUAACUGCUAAAGGUGCUCGAUUGUUUUUCCUUGCUCGAGACGCUGCUAGAACACAAAGUUACAAAUAUUGCUGGACCUCCUACGGCCGAGUUUACUUACGUAAAGAAGAUAACUCCCCUAUUAUUAUUUUAAAAGAUGAAUCCCAGAUACAUAACUUAACAUUAAUGAUUUGA